AUGUCUCAGAAGAUUAUUCUACCGAGUACAUCUGACGAUGGUAUUUAUACCCCGAGUGAUGGCUAUGAAUACACCAUUGGACCCAAACAAUCACUACCGAAUGAAGCCAAUGCAACACCAACACCAUCAAGGAUAUAUUCAGAUUCUUUAAUGCAUCGUAAGCAGGAAGUCUCACUAUCAGCCAUGGCAUUUCUUUUCCAAGAGAUGAUUGCUACUAUCCACAGGGCAAGUAGCAGUGCACAGGAUUUUGAAACUAGACUCAAUGGGUACGGUUAUGGUAUUGGUACUAGACUGGUAGAAUUACUAAAUUUGAGAAAUUCCGUGCCUCCAAAUUAUUCUAAAUCUUCAACCUCCAAUUUUUUAUCCAAUUCAAGCAGUGCAUCAAUAAAUGAGUCUCAUGGAUCUAGUGGUACUGGCACGGGAACAAUAUCUUCAGCGUCAGAUCAUACUCAUUACCAUGAGAAUGGGACAGAGUCGUUAGCGGCUGUGAUUAAUAACAUGAGACCAAGAGAUUUGAAAAUUUUAGACAUCUUGCAGUUCGUCCAUGGUACCAUGUGGACUUAUCUGUUUGGACAUGCAAGUGAUGAUUUGGUUAAAUCAUCAGAAAGGGAUAAUGAAUAUAUGAUCGUUGAUAAUUUACCGAUGUUAACACAAUUCAUACCAGCUGGCAGGUCCUGCGAUUACUUCACUUGUGGUAUAAUUCAAGGCUUUCUCGAUAGCGCCGAAUUCCCAUGUCGUGUAUCAGCUCAUUCAAUGCCUCAAGGUGAACUAGAUCAGAGGACUGUUUAUCUAAUUCAAUUCGACAGACACGUCCUUGAGAGGGACAAUCUAAGAUUUGGUCCUUAA